UCCUGGGCAAAUGGUGAUAUACUACUGUAACAAAUCACUAGUUAGUUUUGAGGUUAGAAACUGUCAAAUGAUGUAAAUAUGGUUUAGGUUUUGGUUGUGUGAAAUAUAUAAAUAAAAAAUAAUUAUUCUAUAAUCCUAGUAGUCAAUUGAAUAUCCAUAACACAAUGCCAGUAUUAUGUACAACUGGAUGUGGCAAAAAUGCAUCCUUAAAGCGUCCAAAAACAGGUGAUGCAUUAUGCAAAGAAUGUUUCUUUUGGGCAUUUGAAACGGAGAUCCACUUUACCAUUACAAGAGGGGAAUUGUUCAAUAGAGGGGAUUCCGUCGCUGUCGCCGCGUCAGGUGGCAAGGACUCCACUGUUCUGGCACAUGUUCUCAAAACUCUGAAUGAGAGAUAUGAUUAUGGCUUGAAUCUUAUGCUUUUGUCGAUUGAUGAAGGUAUUACUGGUUACCGAGAUGACAGUCUUGAAACAGUUAUGCAGAACAGUGCAGACUAUGUGAUGCCACUAAAAAUAUUAUCAUACAAAGACUUGUAUGGAUGGACUAUGGACGAAAUCGUUGCUCAGAUUGGACGAAAGAAUAACUGUACCUUUUGUGGAGUGUUUCGAAGGCAGGCAUUGGAUAGAGGGGCUGCAUUACUUAAUGUGAAGUGUAUAGCAACCGGUCAUAAUGCUGAUGACAUUGCGGAGACUGUACUUAUGAAUGUACUGAGAGGGGAUAUUGCAAGGUUGAAGAGAUGCACUGCUAUAUCAACCGGCAGUGAAGGGACAAUCCCUCGAGUGAAACCAUUGAAAUAUACUUAUGAAAAAGAAAUAGUAAUGUACGCACACUAUAAGAAACUUGUCUACUUUUCAACCGAGUGUGUAUUUGCUCCGAACGCUUAUAGAGGCCAUGCUCGAGCCCUGCUUAAAGACAUGGAGAGAGUAAGGCCCACAUGCAUCAUGGAUAUUAUUUACUCAGGUGAAACAAUGUCCGUGAAAGAACAAGUAUCACUACCGACACAAAGAGUAUGCUCUAGAUGUAAGUUCGUCUCGUCUCAAGAAGUGUGCAAAGCUUGUGUCCUUCUAGAGGGACUCAACAAAGGCCUACCAAAACUUGGUAUCGGCAAAAGUUCUAAAGCUAAGAGAAUGCUAGACGACUACAAUGCAAAACAGAAUGAGAAACUAGAAGAAGCUAUAAAUGAAAUAAAUAAUGAAUCCAAGAAAAAUAAUUGUAUAUCUAAAGGCAAAGUGUGCAGAUCCACUUGCAAAAGCAAAAAUGCACAGAGUAAUUUAAUAGACGGAAAGACGGAUGAGAACACAAACACUUGUAAUAAUGAGCGAGAUGCAAACAUAAGUAAUGAAAAAACAAAUUGUUGCGGUGAUAAAAUAUGUAAUCGCAAGGAUAAAGCAAAUGAAACUAGUGAACCGAAUUCAAAAGCCGCAAAGCUUUUAGCGGAAUAUGGAAUACCAGAAAACAAUUCCGUUGAAACAAUAAUUCCAAACGGAGAAGAAAGUAAGAAUCUAAUCAGUGCAAAUAAUUUAUCAAAUGAUAUAAAUUCAACACGAGAGAAGGAGAGUGAGAAAGAAAUCAGUAAUCCCGUCAAUAAUGAAGAAUUUGAAGUCGAUCUUCACACUAAUGAUGAUAUUGUACUAAAAGAGGAAGACGAGACGUGUGCUGGCGCGUGCGGAAAGAUAGAUUCCUUACAUAUAGGUUUUUGACGAUACAUAGUACAUUAUUCAUAUUUAUGAUGUGAAACCUAAAUAAUUAUGUACAUAAUAUCUUUGUAUAUUGAAUAAAAUAGAAU